AGCCUCAGAUUUAUUAUUAUAAUAAUUAUAAGAAUUAAAUCAAUCUGUGGAUUAAACAAACCGGGGGAUUUUAUACAAAAUGUACGGCUUUGUGAAUCAUGCCUUGGAGCUCCUGGUGUUACGAAAUUAUGGCCCGGAUGUGUGGGAGGACAUCAAGAGGGAGGCGCAGGUCGAUGUUGAAGGACAGUUCCUGGUCAGGAUCAUCUACGACGACACCAAAACGUACGAUCUCGUAUCUGCUGCCAGCAAAGUGCUGAAGAUGGACGCGGGUGAUAUUCUGCAGAUGUUUGGGAAGAUGUUCUUCGAGUUCUGUCAGGAGUCAGGCUACGAUACCAUUCUGAGAGUGCUCGGCUCAAACGUUCGAGAAUUCCUGCAGAACCUGGAUGCUCUUCAUGACCACCUGGGUACCAUCUACCCCGGCAUGCGCGCUCCGUCCUUCCGCUGUACGGACGCUGAGAAGGGAAACAGUCUGAUUCUGCACUAUUACUCAGAACGAGAGGGGCUGCAGGACAUCGUCAUCGGCAUCAUCAAAACCGUCGCGCAGCAGAUCCACGGAACCGAGAUCGACAUGAAGGUGAUCCAGCAGAAGGGUGAAGAAUGUGACCACAUAAAGUUCCUGAUAGAAGAGAAGGAUUCGGAGGAGGAGGCGUUCUACGAGGAUCUGGACGGCUUCGAAGAGAACGGAACUCAGGAGACCAGGAUCAGUCCCUACACCUUCUGCAAGGCUUUUCCCUUUCAUCUCAUGUUCGAUAAGGAUCUGGUGCUCACUCAGUGCGGUAACGCCAUCUUCAGAGUGCUGCCUCAGCUACAGCCGGGUGUGUGUAGUUUACCGUCGGUAUUCUCUCUGGUGAGACCUCACAUUGAUUUUAGUUUCCAUGGGAUCCUGUCGCAUAUUAACACCGUGUUUGUCCUGCGUAGCAAGGAGGGUUUGCUGAACGUUGAAAGUGCUGAAUGUGAGGACGAGCUCACAGGAACUGAGAUCAGCUGCCUCCGACUGAAAGGACAAAUGAUUUCCUUACCUGAGACGGAGAACAUCCUGUUCCUGUGUUCACCCAGUGUGAUGAAUCUGGACGACCUCACUCGGAGGGGUUUGUACCUGAGCGAUAUCCCCCUGCACGAUGCCACUCGGGACCUGGUCCUGCUGGGGGAACAGUUUCGGGAGGAGUACAAGCUCACUCAGGAGCUGGAGAUCCUCACCGACCGUCUGCAGCACACGCUCCGAGCUCUGGAGGACGAGAAGAAAAAAACAGACAGAUUGUUAUACUCGGUGCUCCCACCGUCGGUGGCGAACGAGCUGAGGCACAAGCGCCCGGUCCCAGCGAAGCGCUACGACAACGUUACCAUCCUCUUCAGCGGCAUCGUGGGAUUCAACGCGUUCUGCAGCAAACACGCCUCGGCGGAGGGAGCCAUCAAGAUCGUCAACCUGCUGAACGACAUCUAUACCAAGUUCGACAUCCUGACAGAUUCACGCAUGAACCCGUACGUCUACAAGGUGGAGACGGUCGGUGAUAAGUACAUGACCGUGAGUGGACUUCCUGAACCCUGCACCCACCACGCCAAGUCUAUCUGUCACCUGGCGCUGGACAUGAUGGAGAUCGCCGGCCAGGUGAAGGUGGAUGAAGAACCAGUGCAGAUUACCAUUGGGAUCCAUACUGGAGAGGUGGUGACAGGGGUCAUAGGUCAGAGGAUGCCCCGCUACUGCCUGUUCGGAAACACGGUCAACCUGACGAGCCGCACUGAGACCACGGGAGAGAAGGGGAAGAUAAACGUGUCUGAAUACACCUACAGGUGUUUAAAGUCAGUGGAGAACGCCGACCCACAGUUUCAUCUGGAGUACAGAGGACCCGUCACCAUGAAGGGCAAAAAGGAGCCCAUGAGAGUCUGGUUCCUCUCACGAAAAACAACAUAAACCAGCACCGAUCAACAAUCCACAUUUAGUUUCAUUCCGCAUAACAUCAUGUUUGUUUGUGCUUUAAUCAAACUUUGCUUAAUUAAAAAUGGCCGCCUUAUAUAAAACCGCUCCUAAACAUAGACCUUUUAAAUAAAAGCAGUAGUAGGCUAGCGUACUUUACUGCUGCACCACAGCAUCCUGCAAUCACACCCUUUAUUACACACCUGUUAUUCUACAAAAUAAUACAUAUUAAUGUGUAAAAACUUAGAAACGUAUUAUUUUUGUUUGAGUUUAAUUAUUACAUUAAUUAAUAACGACUAAACAUUGUAUUCUUUAAAGAGUAUUUUAUUACAUCUGCACAAUAAUAAAAUGAUAAUAUUUAUUAUUAACAGCAAAGUUCUAAGUAAAAGUUUCAGCACUGCUGGUUAAAUGACAUUCUGUUAAUAAAAAUAAAGACAAACACGACAAACUUUGUAUUUAAACAAACUUUAAAUAAAAAACAAAAACAUA